UUUGACACAACAAAAAAUCUCUCACUUUGCUCAUCCCAUUUUGCAAACAUAUACAUUUUUAUGAGUCAUUUUUUGUAAACAUCGCAAAAUUGUUAUUAAAAAAUUUGCUAAAAAUGGGUUUAUUUGGAAAAACAGCAUCAAAAGAUCCUAAAGAACAAGUCAACGAAUGGACGCAUAAAAUCCGAAAAGAGGGCAACCAACUGGAUCGACAAAUACGCAGCAUUCAACGGGAAGAGGAAAAAGUUAAACGAGCUCUAAAACAAGCCGCAACCAAAGGUGACCGUGACACCUGUGUAAUAUUGGCCAAGGAAAUUGUUGGCGCACGCAAGGCCAUCAACAGAAUCUACACCAGCAAGGCUCACCUUAAUUCCGUGCAAUUGCAAAUGAAGACUCAAUUAGCUACCCUUCGUGUGGCGGGUUCAUUGCAAAAGUCUACCGAAGUCAUGCAAGCAAUGCAGAAUCUCGUUCGGUAUCCCGAAUUAGCCGGUAUCAUGCGGGACAUGUCCAAAGAAAUGAUGAAGGCUGGUAUAAUCGAUGAAAUGCUCGAUGAGACCAUGGAUAGCCUUGAAGAUUCUGAGGAGCUAGAGGAGGAGGCACAAAAGGAAGUUGAUAAAGUUCUGUGGGAGAUCACAGAAGGAAAACUGGGCGAAGCACCUUUACCUCCAGAAGGUGCAACCAUCGAAAAAGCCCAACCAACUCCCGUCGCGGUGGAAGAAGACGAAGACGACGAAGAAGAGUUGCAAGAGAUGCAGCAUCGUUUGGCUUCGUUGAGGUCGUAAGCACUUCUCUAGAAUCGAGAAAAAGUCGUCCCCUAUUUUAGUUAAGCUAUUCCAAUAUUAAAAAAAGAAUCUGUGUUUGCACACGUGAACUUAACUCGUAGGCUCUCGGUGAUUUUAUUUGCAAUUUUAACUUUUGUUUAAUAAUUUCUGUCCAAAAAUAUCGCUAUUUUUAUACUAAACAAAAAAAAAAACCUAACCUAGUCGCUCUGCAUUGUAAAUUUUGAAUUUUCUCUUCUUUGUCUAUCACACUUCUUGGGUUUUUUCUUCAGAUUCCUUGGUUCACUUUUUUGAUCGACCAAAGAAUUUUUCAAAAAAAACUCAAAUUGGAAUUAAUUUGAAUUGUUGGGCCGAGUUAUAACGUAUACAUAAUAUGCAUAAUGCAUUUAUGUCGUGAGUCGUGAGUUUAUAAUACCAAGAAUUUAUAUUUACUAUUUUUAUUUAUCUUUAGAUUUUAGAAAAAUAAAAAAAAAAAACAAAAAAUGAAAAAAAAAGCUAAAAAAUACAAUAAUUAAAAAUUACAAUUUUAAUAUAUUUCAAAUAAAUGUAAGCGCUUUAACACAAAAAAGUGUUAAAUUUAUUAA